AUGGAUAAACCUAUGAUAUUGGUUAUCGAGUGCUUUCACUCAACACCCAGUGACGAACAGCGAGCUGUCUUGGAAAUCUUCAGACCUCAGAAUUCACCUAACUUGUCUUCUGAUUGCUGCCAGUGGCACAUCAAGACAAAGUAUUACGAAGCUGACGUCACCGUACUCAUUGUAGACGCUAAAACAGCACAAGAAACCGACAUCAGCUCCAUAGAGGCACUUGUUGUGUUGUUCGAUGAUUUCAAAUUUUUGGAACGGGCUAACUUCUGGCCGCGAAUGUUUUCCCUCAAUCCGGAAAUCAAGGUAUUGACAUGCGUUAGAGUUUGGGAUUGUGAACGAGAAGAUGUGUCGCGAUGGUGUCUCGAGCACGGUUUUGAUCUUGUGGAGACCGAUCCGAGCCCUGAGUACGUGGCCGAAGCCGAAGAAUUCAACGAGAAGAUCGGUAAAGGGCGAAUAAUUGAAAUAUUGCAGAAUGUUUUCUGUGAACAAGCUGACUCGAAAAAGUUCUCAAACGAUACGGCAUCGGUGCUCUCUAACGACUCGCAUUCGUCCUGUCCUGUAAAUCCUGAUGUCACUACAGACGGCCAUAGUGAAGGCGACGGUGCACGUGACGAAGAUACAUCGUCUGCUCUUGACUAUAUUUUGCAGAAUUUCCAAGAGAUACAACAGCAUGCAGAAAGCCUUCCCUGGGAGGAACGUCGUCUUUUUGCAGAAAGAACUGUGCUCAAACUGUGGGAAGAGAUUGGUACAGACGAUGAUAGUCCAGACGAAUGUUAA